GCUUGCUGGUCCAAACGGCCCCACACCCUCUCAACUACAUAAAGUAUCCUAUCUACUAAACACGAGAGCUUCUUUCUCCUCCAAACGCACCCUUCGAAACCCUAAAACCUCUAAUUCCUAUUCUUCCAAAACCCCAAUUCCUUCUUUCAAUUUCCCAUCACCACGCUAAUGGCUGAAGUUGAGGUUGAUCAAGGUUUUGGUGAACCAGAAGACGAUCAAAUUCCUGAUCAAGUAUCUGAUCAAGUAUUUGAUCAAGUAGUCACUCAGGUUCCAGAAAACUCGGAGCCUGAACAAAAGAAAGAGCUUGACGAGGAUUCUGUAGUUGGAAGUAAUGAAAAAAAGUGGCCUGGGUGGCCUGGAGAGAGUGUUUUCCGGAUGUUGGUUCCCGCACAAAAGGUUGGUAGUAUAAUUGGUCGUAGAGGAGAGUUCAUAAAAAAAAUAGUUGAGGAGACAAGAGCUCGCAUCAAAAUUCUUGAUGGUCCUCCAGGGACGGCAGAAAGAGCUGUGAUGGUAUCUGCCAAGGAGGAGCCUGACUCUUCUCUUCCUCCAGCUAUGGAUGGCCUUCUUAGAGUUCAUAAACGCAUUGUUGAUGGUUUGGAGGGUGAUUCGUCUCAUGCUCCUCCUGGCGCCGGGGGCAAAGUUUCAACAAGGCUUCUAGUGGCAGCCUCUCAAGCUGGAAGCUUGAUUGGAAAACAGGGAGGGACAGUUAAAUCUAUUCAAGAAGCCUCUAAUUGUAUUGUUAGAGUUCUUGGAGCAGAAGACCUACCAGUUUUUGCUCUUCAAGAUGAUAGGGUAGUUGAAGUUGUAGGGGAUCCAGCUGGUGUGCACAAAGCGGUGGAGCUAAUUGCAUCUCAUCUCAGGAAGUUUUUAGUUGAUCGUAGCAUAAUUCCAAUAUUUGAAAUGCAUAUGCAAAUGGGGAAUCCUCAGAUGGAGCAUAUGCCGCCACACCAGUCAUGGGGUCCACCUCAAGGUGUUCCUCCAAGUGGUGGUGGAGGUCCUGGCUAUGGACCUAAUACUCAGUACAUGCCACCUCCACGGCAACAUGAUAAUUAUUAUCUGCCUUCUGACAUGCAUCCUCCCAUGGAAAAGCAGCCUCAUCAUGGGAUAUCGGCCUAUGGAAGAGAAGCUCCAAUGGGUCUACCUGCAUCGUCAAGUGCCCAAGCUUCAUCAUUGGUUACCCAGGUUGCUGUCACACAGCAAAUGCAGAUCCCACUGUUAUAUGCUGAUGCUGUUAUUGGGGCAGCUGGUGCAAAUAUAAGCUAUAUUCGUAGAGCUAGUGGGGCAACCGUCACCAUACAAGAAACUAGGGGUGUUCCUGGAGAAAUGACCGUUGAAAUCAGUGGAACUACUCCCCAAGUUCUAGCAGCUCAGCAGCUGAUACAGAAUUUCAUGGCCGAUGCUGGAGCACCAACACAGGCUCAAACAGGUGGGACUACAGACCCAGGUUAUAAUUCUUAUCCACCUCAUGGUUCUGUAUAUGCAUCUCCACCUCCCAAUUCUGGACAUUCAGGCCAUACUGGAAAUUAUGGCUCAGUCUAUGGCACAAACUAUGGGUACUAAGCCAGCUGAUUGAUCGUUGUUGUGGAGACUAUAAUGCACUCACCAAUUAAAUUCCAUUAGGUUAGUUGUGAUGUUGUAUUAUUCUUCAUGCCAAACUUUAAUGUUUUUUUUUUUUUUUGUAUGGGUUAAUACCAAAACUUUAGCGUGGAACUAAGUUUGCAUUUUCAUUAGAAUUUUAUCAUGUUUCUUAGGAUUAUUUGAUGCUUGAGCCAAUUUAACAUUGAUGAGACUAUUGAGCCAA